UCGCCACGCCACUGUCCGAACCAGUCCGUUCCAGGUCGAGUGUUACGUUGCAAGUGUGUCCGGUUACGUGCCUGAACAUGGUCCUCGUGGAGCUUAUCCUGCUCCUGAUGGUAGCCGCCGGGUUGGGGCUGCUGUUGUAUCUGCGGAGUAAAUCUUUCGCCAGCCGGUUGCCACCAGUUCAGCCGUACCAUCCGGUGAUCGGAAAUGCACUACUCUUCGUGGGGAAGUCCGACGAGCAGCGGUUCGUGAAUAUUGCUCGAGCCUUUGCACAUCCGGCUCGGUUGUUUAAAUUUGUGGUGCUCGGGUAUCCGAUGCUGGUCACCAACGAGCCGGAAGUGGCGCAGAAAAUUCUCACCAGCACCGAGUGUCUCGAGAAGCCGUUCCUGUACGAUUUCUUCAAGCUGGACUAUGGACUGUUUGCGGCGCAUUACGACAUCUGGAAGGGCCAGCGCAAAUCGCUAAAUCCAACGUUCAAUCUGAAGAUCCUGCACGGUUUCAUCCCCCUGUUUGACAAGUGCGCCCAGGCUCUGGUGCGCAAGCUGGACACCUUUCCGGCCGGGGUGAGCCUCAACAUUACGGACUGCAUGCUGCGCUGUACGCUGGAGAUGGUGGUGGCCACGACCAUCGGGGUGGACAUCAACAAGAACCGCGGUGCCGAUCGGCUGAUGGCGUUGAUCCAGAAGGGCUUCCAUCUGGCGUCUAAACGGUUGGUGCGGAUCCACUGGUACAAGGAUUGGAUGUACCGGUUUACUAGUGAUUACCGGGAGGAUGUGAAGCUGCGAGCGGAGGCGUACACGUACGGGAAUGAGAUCCUACAAGAUGCUAUCGAUCGUAAAGCUCGGGAAGCCGCCGCACCGGAAGUAAGCGACCCGGAGUGUGAUGGCUACCGCAAGCCGCAGAUUUUCGUAGACCAGCUGCUGGAAGACCUGGAAGGUCGCAAAUUCGAAGACAUCGAAACCAUCCACAACGUUUACACGAUGAUUGUAGCGGGCAGUGACACUUCCGGCACGGAAAUGGGCUACGUGGCACUCUCGCUGGCACUCUACCAAGAUUUGCAGGAGAAAGUGUACCAGGAGAUCGUGACCGUCUUUCCCCCCGAUAGCGAAACAAAAUUCAGCCCGGAAUCGCUCAGACAGCUCCAGUACACGGAAAUGUUCCUCAAGGAGUGUCUGCGGCUGUUCCCGAUUGGGCCACACAUUGUGCGGCAGACCAAGCAGGACAUCGAGCUGGAAGGAGUUCGCGUCCCGCAGGGAAACAUUCUGAUUGUCAGCAUCUACAAUAUCCACCGCCGGAAGGACAUCUGGGGCUCGGAUCCGGACCGGUUUGAUCCGGAGAACUUUUCGCCGGAACGGAGUGCCGGCAGGCAUCCAUUCGCUUUUAUUCCGUUCAGUGGAGGCACGAGGAAUUGUAUCGGAUCCCGCUACGCAAUGAUCAGUAUGAAGAUCAUUCUGGUGCAUUUGCUGCGAAACUUCAAGUUGAAGACGCACUGGAGCUUGGAGGAUCUGCGCUUCCGGUUUGAAGCACUGCUGAAGACUUCCAAAGAUCCCGAGGUGUACCUGGAGCGGCGGGAUGUGACAACGCUGGUUGGAGUGAACAGUAACGAUACUGCGUACACUAAUGGUAAUGCUUGUUUUGAAUAAAUUAUAUUUGAAACGUUGUUCUUUUAUUGUUCUUGAGUCAUCUUAAAAUGAUGUAAUACGAAGUUAAUAAAAAGAAGGUUCUUUAUGUAGA